UGGGUCCAACGGAGGUUUAAGCGCAAUAAAGGACUGCGGCGGUCUACGCCACAAACAGAGAGAGAGAGAGAGAGGGGGAGAGAGGAUCGUUGGAGGAGGAUCACGGAAAAAAGAGGAAGAUGAGAAAAUCGGUGUUGUGCAUAUUCACAAUUCUGGCCAUUUUCUCAGUCGCUUCUUGCAUUGAUGAUAAAUGUUCUGCCUGCAACGCCGUUGCGGAAGAGAUAGAGCUUGGACUUUCCAAUGAAAAACCAAGGAAUCAUCUGGAUAUGAGGCAUCGACUGGACUCUAAAGGUCAGCGUAAAGGAAAGGUGAUCGAUUACAGUAGAGUCAGUGAGCUGAGAGUUGUUGAACUUCUGGAUGGGCUCUGUGAAAAGAUGCAAGACUACACUCUUACAAAGAUAGAUUCAACCAAACAAGAAUGGAUCAAAGUGGAUGACUGGGAUAACCUCAGUACUAAUCAACAAGAAGCCCGAGCCUAUUCAAAAGAUAUAUCAAGUUAUUGUGGGAGGUUGCUCGAGGAAAUAGAAGAUGAGUUUGCAGAAUUGAUAAAGAAAGGAUCUGUUAAAGUAGGAGAAGUGAGUGAAGUUAUUUGUCAAGAUCUCAGCAAGCACUGCCAGACAAGUGGUUACCAUCACACAGGUGGUGCCGAGGACGAGACUGACAAAGAACUUUAAAAUCACUUUUGGAUACUUUGUUACAAGCCAUUUGUUUUUGUAAUCCCAGAUUUUUUAUUUUCUGGAUGUAAGUCCAUGAAUUAAUGCUUCUAAUUUACUCCCGGGGACUCUGAAUCAGUGUGUUAUUUCUUUUCUAAAACAAAUGAAAGUUUAUUAACAUGACUUCAUUAAUA